AUGAGAAAGGAGGAAGCGAGGCUUCAAGUCACCAAGUGUCACAGCAGGAAGGAGCCUCAGAGCUCCCUGCUAAAAAUACCCAUCGCAGCAAGGAAACUAAGCCUCAAGGUUCCCUGGGCCGCCUUGACUCUGCUGUUGCUACUGCUGCUGCCGCCAGCGCUGCUGUCGCUUGGGGUGGACGCACAGCCUCUGCCCGACUGCUGUCGCCAGAAGACCUGCUCUUGCCGCCUCUACGAACUGUUGCACGGCGCUGGCAACCACGCCGCGGGCAUCCUGACUCUAGGAAAGCGUCGGCCUGGACCCCCAGGCCUUCAGGGCCGGCUGCAACGCCUUCUGCAGGCCAACGGCAACCACGCUGCUGGCAUCCUGACCAUGGGACGUCGCGCAGGCGCAGAGCCAGAGCCACAUCCCUGCCCUGGUCGCCGCUGUCUGACCGCAACCGCCACCGCUUUAGCGCCCCGGGGCGGGUCUGGAGUCUGAACCCCAUUCAGUCUCUGUCCU